GGAGAGAGAAACUUAUUACUCCCCCACGCGGCUCUGCCCAUCCCAAAUCUGCACACCCUCAUCCCUGUGUCUCAACCGCCUUCAUAAAUUUCACAACAUUCUCGGCUUCUCUCUCUGUUCAUGAUUUCUGGGCAUCUUUUCUAUCGCGUCACUGGAACGACGAUUUCUUCAACACUAUCUUGGAGAAGAAUGUUCUUCUUCCGUAUCCUCGAGUUGUAGAAUUUGCAGGGGGUUGUGAGCCUGAAUUGAAUAGGAAUUGAAAUGGAUGAUGAAAUAUUCUCGGGAAUUGCAAAUGGAACCCGUAUAGACAGCAAAGUUCUGCAGACAUUUCAAAAGAGUUUUGUACAAGUUCAAAACAUACUAGACCAAAACAGACUUUUAAUCAAUGAGAUCAACCAAAACCACGAGUCUAAGAUCCCGGAUAACUUGACCCGAAACGUGGGUCUUAUUAGAGAGCUCAACAACAAUAUUAGAAGGGUGGUUGAUCUCUAUGCCGAUCUCUCUGAUUCUUUGACCAAAUCCAGGGAGGCUUCCUCUGAAGGCGAAUCUGCUUCAACUGUGAAAUCAGAUGGAAGAGGUGGUGCAAAAAGAAUAAGGUCUAGCUGAUUGGUUGAUUGAUCAUACUUGCUUAGUUGGGUUAUUCCUACAUUGUUCCCAAACAAAACUGAAAAAAACUUCCGUUCACACUGUUCAUCACAUGUUGUGUAAAAAACUCAGUUUUGGUUGAUGUUCUAAAUACCUUGACUUUUUACCAGUCCCAUUCCUUUGUUGGAAAAUAAUAGCUCUUAUAAAUAACUGGGCUAUUCUUGUGAGUUAUUUUUUCUUUAAAUGCUAAAUGGAUUUCAUCUUCUGUGCUUUCCUGCC